AUGGGCGGCGUUGGCGUCUCCUUUGACGACCCUGACACCGUUGAACACCAGCUCCGAUACGAGUCGCGCCCUUAUUCUUCCGAAUCUCCCGCUCACAGCGGCAGCGGAGGCGGCGGCAGCAGCGGGGGCGGCGGCGGCGAUGGUCGCGAAGAUACCACAGCUUCUCCCCCUGUUCCUUGUGGAGACGUGGGUGGAAGAGCGGAGGCGGGGGCGGCCGUUCCCCACUCCCCGGGCAGAGACAUGAGUGACACCGGCAGCAGCGGCGGCAGCGGCGGCGGCGGGGGCGGCGGGUGCGGCGGAGGGGGCGACGGACAUCUUGGCCCCGCCACGGCCGGCGGGGGGCGGGGUCUCGAUCAUGAGUGCCGCGCGGCGCACGCCAACGGUCACGUCGACGCCGACAACGGCGGCGGCGGCGGCGGCGGCGGCUGUCUUGCCUCUUCUUGGAGACAGCACAGCGGUGGUGACCGCGGUGGCGGUGGCGGCGGCGGGGAGGGUGGCGACAGGGAGAUGGAGACAUCGAAACCAAUUUCGGCAAGCGGGGCGACGGUUCCUCGUGCGCAGACGAUAGAGGGUACACUGGAAUCGAUCGCAUCGGGAAAAAACACAGGGGCGGCCCUGGUUGCGAUGGGAAAGUGGGCCGCCCACCGCCGCCUCCUCAGGCGGCCGCCCGGGGUAGGCGCCGCCGAGCCGCUGUCCCCCCUGUUUGAUUCCGCCGCGCUGCCAGCCGUUUUCGAGAAGCUGCUUCUCCUCGCUUCGGCGACGACAAAAAAGACGUCCGCCGGUGGUGGUAGCGAUGGUGACGUUGGAAGUGGCCAGCAGCAGCAGCAGCGGCAGGGGAAUGAGGAAGGUUUGCUGGGGGAGGCGAGGGCUGGGUUGGACAAUCUGCUGCGCUGGGCGAUGCCCAACCUGGAUGGCGGUACCCCCGACGGUGACAACCCAGGCGCCCAAGCGGUGGUCUGGCACUGCUGGGAGUUGGUAACCUCUGUCCGGCGUUUGUGUUCGCACGGGGACGGGGUUCCCCUGACUCCGGAUGCCGCGCGCCUGCUGUCCCAGAAGCUAGUGGACGAGCUGCGGGCUCACCGGAAGGAAGCCCUUCGGGUGGAGCAGCGAGCCGCCGCCGCCGCUGGCAUGUCCGCGAUGGCAGCGGCGGCCUCGGCUAAAUGCAACGGCAUCGGCGGUGGCGGUGGCGUAUCGGGAAAGCGGGGUCUUCCGAUGGAGGAGCUCUUCCGGCAAAGGGAGUUGAGACUCGAGGCGGCGUCGGCGUUGGGUCAGGUCUGCAUCAUCACUUCCUCGAUGGCGCCCCCUCCGUCUUCAUCACGCCCCCACCCACCGCCCGCCGCGGACAACAAUGACAACAACGGUAACUCUUCUUCCAUGUCGCACCGACAGCGGCAGCAGCCCCCGCCGUCGGAAGAUCCGGAUUUUUCGAGGGCCUUGCUGCGGGCGGCGCACCCUUUCUCCCUCGCUCUGGUUGCAGCGGACGAAGGAGGGGAAGGUGAAGAGGAGGAGGAUUGUGGUGGAGGGGGAGGAGGGGGAGGAGACGGUGACUGUUCUGCGGUUGAGUCGAAACCGUCGUCGGAACGUGUUAGUGACGGUGCUGAUGCUGAUGAUGGUGAUGUUGGUGCUGGUGAUGUUGGUGCUGGUGAUGUUGGUAUUGAUGUUCGUGGCGGUGGCGGUGCGGCGGGGGAGGGGUUGGUGCUGCAACUCUCUCGGGGGAAGGACGAGGUGAACGCGUGCCGCGCUCGUCUGCGGAGCCUCGAGGAGGAUGCGGAGAGGGAGCUCGGGCCCCUUGACGCCGCCGUUGCGGAGAGCGGCGCGAGGCUGGACGUGCUCGCGGAGCAGCGCAGGAAGAUUCAGGAGCAGCUGAGAAUGGCGGAGGAAACAAUCGAAGCUGAGCAGCAGGUGCGCGGGCGGGCGCUUGCCGAAGCGGGGGCGACGCGUGCGAAGUUUGAAGAGCGGAGGGGGGUGGAGGCCGAGCGGCUCAGGAAGUGGGAGGACGCAGUCAGCUAUGCCAGGGAGUGCCAAAACAUCCCGUCCGUCUACUCCAAUCUCCGGAGGUACUUGGAUUCCCAGCUGGCGUCGGCCUUGAACGGCGUGUUUCCGGGGGGGGGCGGGGAGGCGAAGUCUGCGAGCGCCCUGGGGGCUUACACAGAUUCGUUGCAGGCGUACUUUGAGACGGAGGCGGAGUGCGUCCGGCGACUGCGCGAGCGUGCGAGGGCGGACGAGGCCGAGGUGGCGGCCGUAGAGAAGGAGCUGGUCGAGUACGAGGGGCUCGACAUGCCCACCCUGACGACGGGACUCCGCGCCAGGAUGCAGCAGCUGCGCAACGAAGUAGCCGAGGACCGGGAGGCCGAGCAUGCCAUCAUGUCCCAGGCCAGGCACCAGUUCACGGUCCUCGAGAGUACCCUCUCUGCCUACGACAGCACCCGCACCACGGGGUGCUUAGUUAGCGCCGCUGAAGGUUGCGGCGGCGGCGGGGACGGAGGCGUGGGUGGCGUCGCAGCGGGUAUCGGUAGCGGUACCGCUGGGCUGGACUAUCCCCGGCCUCCGGAUGUGUCUGCGGCGACAGUGAAGAAGAUCCCCGGCACCAGCGCAGCUGCUUCUGCUGCUGGUGGUGUUUCUGGUGCUAACGGUAGAGUCGGCGCCGGCAGCCUAGAGGGAUCUGCUGCGGCUGCAGGCCUGGCCAGGGUGAGGGAGCUAUUCGCGCUGCUCGAGGUCGUCGGCAGCGGGGAGGAGGAGCCGCUCGCCGUCGGCGGCGGUGGCCAAAGCGGCGGCGAUGAAACCAAGACGGCGGCGGAGGCCCUCGCAGGGGCGGACGGCAACAACAACAACAACAACAACAACAACAACAACAGCCGGACCUUUGGUGAAGCGGCAGGAGGGGCAGCGCUACCGCCAGCGGGUACGAGGGACUCCCGUGCCCAAUCCAGCGGAGUUGCUGCGACGCCGUUUGGCCAGGCGGGGGAACUGGAGGACCACCAAGGGCCCAACCGACGGCAGGGCAACAGUCACGGCAACGGCGGCAGGCCGCGAAACCCGGCCCCGUCGAGGAUCCGAGGAGGCGUUCGCCUUCCCUCGCCGUCGCGGGGUGGAGGGAAUUCGCUCCAAGGCCGGCUCAACUGGCUUGACAACGGCGGACCUAGCGCCAGCGGGACAGACAGAAGCAGCACCGCCCGUGCCCCGGAGGGCGCCGCCAACAACAACAACAACAACAACGACGCCGGCUCGAAGACCAAGGCGGUGUCGGUCUCGGCGGCGGCCUCGCGCGGCGGCGGUAGAGGCGGCAAUCGUAGCAGCGCGAGCGGGGGGCGUGGACGCCGAGGGGAGCAGGCCAGCAGCAGCAGCAACCAACGCGUGGGCUCGCCCGCCGACAUGCAGGAUCGUGGCAAGCGCAACCAGGCGGCCGCCCGGGUGCGGAACGCCGCCGGGGGCGGGGACCGCAGCAGGAGCAGCAGCGGCAGCGGCGGCGCCGCCAAAGCGCCGCCGCCUAGAAGCGGGAGCGGCGGCAGCAGGAACUCGACGCCACCGCCGCCAAAGCUUGGAAGAGGAGGAGGAGGAGGAGGAGGAGGAGGAGGAGCAGGAGGAGCAGGAGGAGGAGCAGCCCCCCCUCCCUUCUCGACCGCUGCCUCGGUUGCAGCCGUCGUGGCUUCCAAGGGUAUCGCAGGCGGGUCGAGGGCGAGUCGGCAGAAGGCUUCUUCGCCGGCGGUGCAGGCUCAGGGUGGGGCGAAGCGGCCGGGAAGAGGCGACGGCGACGGUGGCAGCAGCGCCCCCGCUGAGAAACGCUCCGGCGCGCCGCCUGGCAGUGGUGGUGACCGCUCCGUUGCUCCUGCCGGGGAGGGAGGAGGAGGGAGAGGCGGUUCGGGUGGGCAGGGCGGUGAAGACGCGGCGGAUAGGGCGCGGAAGGAGAAUGGUGGUGGUGGUUCAAAGGGUGACGGACGCGGGAACCACAAGAAGGGGCGCGCGUCGGCCAGGGGCAGCAAAGGGGGAAACGCGGGGAAGCCGUCGAAGCCGCCGGAGGAAACCACGAGCCCGGACGCUGCCUCCCACUGAUGCGCGCGUGCGAGGGAGAGAGAGACGACGAGGAACAUGGAACAUAGUCUAUAGAGAAUAUCGUGCAUCUGGUUCACCCAUCGAAAAGAAGCAUGUCCUU